AUAAAACAGGUGUUCUGAAGAAAGAUGUCUGAAUCCGAACCUGCUUCUCGGCGUCUCGUUUUCGCCUAUUAUGUAACUGGGCACGGAUUUGGGCACGCCACUCGUGUUGUCGAGGUGGUUCGCCAUCUCAUCUCGUCUGGACAUCAAGUUCAUGUCGUCUCUGCAGCUCCAGAAUUUGUCUUCACCCUCGAAAUCCAAUCCCCGGAUUUGUUCAUUCGCAAGGUGCUCUUGGACAGUGGAUCAGUGCAAGCCGAUGCUUUAACCGUUGAUCGUCUUGCCUCUUUGGAAAAGUAUUCUCAGAUCGCGGUUGAACCUCGAGACUCUAUUUUGGCGGCAGAGGUUGAAUGGUUGAAGUCCAUCAAAGCCAACCUAGUGGUCUCGGAUGUUGUCCCUAUCGCAUGCCGUGCAGCAGCAGAUGCUGGAAUCCGUUCUGUUUGUGUCACCAACUUUAGCUGGGACUUUAUCUAUGCAGAGUAUGUGAUGGCAGCAGGACAUCAUCAUCGAUCCAUAGUAUGGCAGAUAGCCGAGGAUUAUUCGCACUGCGAGUUUCUGAUACGGCUGCCUGGACACUGUCCUAUGCCGGCUUUUCAUGAUGUCAUUGAUAUCCCCCUCGUCGUAAGGAAAUUUCGCAAGACCAGACAAGAGGUCAGACGAGAUCUUGGGAUUCCAGACAAUGUGAAACUACUAAUCUUCAACUUUGGUGGGCAGCCAACUGGAUGGACAUUAAAGGAGGAGUAUUUACCGGCUGGUUGGUUAUGUCUGGUCUGUGGAGCUUCCGAGAAUCAGAAGCUCCCUCCAAAUUUUAUUGCACUACCAAAGAAUACUUAUACACCUGAUGCGAUUUCAGCUUCAGACUGCAUGCUCGGAAAAAUUGGAUAUGGAACUGUCAGUGAAGCUCUUGCAUACAAAUUACCCUUCAUAUUUGUGCGAAGGGACUAUUUCAAUGAAGAACCGUUCCUAAGACAGAUGCUCGAGCACUACGAAGGAGGAGUUGAAAUGAUAAGGAGGGAUCUACUGACUGGAUGCUGGGCACCGUAUCUUGAACGUGCAGUUACGUUGAAACCGUGUUAUGACGGAGGCAUCAAUGGCGGUGAGGUGGCAGCGAAAAUACUUCAGGAUACCGCACGGGGGAAAAAACGUUUGAAUCUCAACCUUAGUGGAGCAAGAAGGUUACGGGAUGCAAUCAUACUCGGCUUCCAGCUUCAGAGAGCACCCGGUAGAGAUAUUUCUGUUCCAGAAUGGUACCAAGUUGCUGAAAACGAAGCCGGGAUGGCUCGGGAUGAUCAGACGCAGAAAACCACCAAAUCGGUAGAAGGCUUCGAGAUUGUUCAGGGAGACCACCAAGGCCUUUCUGAUACGAUCAGCUUCUUGAACAGCUUAGCAGAACUAGGUAACGUAGGUGGCGCCCCCGAGCGUCAGGCAAGGGAAAAUUUGGCGGCUGCAAGGUUAUUUAACUGGGAGGACGAUAUAUUCGUGGCAAGAGCCCCGGGUAGGCUUGAUGUAAUGGGAGGGAUUGCUGAUUAUUCGGGAAGUCUUGUUCUUCAGAUGCCAACUAGAGAGGCAUGUCAUGCCGCUGUUCAGAGGAAUCAUCCGAGUAAACAGAAACUCUGGAAGCACGCUGAGGCUCGGCGCCACGCAAGAGAUUCGCCGAUUCUUGAAAUCGUUUCGUUUGGAUCCGAGCUGAGCAACAGAGGGCCAACAUUCGACAUGGACCUGUCGGAUUUCAUGGAAGAUGGAAAACCAAUAUCCUACGAGAAAGCCUGCCAAUACUUUUCCCGGGAUCCAUCUCAGAAGUGGGCGGCUUAUGUUGCGGGUACCAUUCUCGUACUAAUGAGAGAACUGGGUGUUCGGUUUGAAGACAGUAUUAGUAUACUGGUUUCUUCAACGGUUCCAGAAGGGAAAGGAGUAUCGUCCUCUGCCUCGGUUGAAGUUGCAACCAUGUCAGCUGUUGCUGCUGCUCAUUGUCUGGAAAUUUCUCCUCGCGAUGUGGCUUUGCUUUGCCAAAAGGUCGAGAACUACGUCGUUGGAGCACCGUGUGGAGUGAUGGAUCAAAUGGCUUCCGCUUGUGGAGAAGCUAACAAACUUCUUGCAAUGAUAUGUCAGCCUGCCGAGAUACUCGGACUCGUCGAAAUACCUCCUCAUAUACGAUUUUGGGGCAUCGAUUCCGGAAUACGACACAGUGUCGGUGGUUCAGAUUACGGUUCUGUAAGGAUAGGCACUUUUAUCGGCAGAACGCUCAUAAAGUCUGUUGCCUCGGGAUUGUCUUCACGUUCUUCUCCGCAAUUUAACUCGGAAGAGAUUGAGGAAGAGAGCUUGGGGUUAAUUGAAGCUGAGGCAUCCUUGGAUUACUUAUGCAACCUCCCUCCUCAUAGAUAUGAAGCCCUCUAUUCAAGCAAGAUCCCGGGAAAUAUGACGGGAGAAGAGUUCAUCGAGAAGUACGGGGAUCACGGGGAUUCAGUCACUACCAUAGACAGAAAAACCACGUAUGAGAUCAGUGCAGCCACCCGACAUCCGAUUUACGAGAAUUUCCGCGUUCAGGCUUUCAAAGCAUUGUUGAGUGCAGCUCCGUCAGAGGAGCAGAUCAUCGGUCUUGGGGAAAUGAUGUAUCAGUGUCAUUACAGUUACAGCGCGUGCGGGUUAGGCUCGGAUGGGACGGAUAGACUGGUCAGACUGGUGCAGAAUAUGCAGCAUUCUAAGGUGUCGAGAUCUGAGAACGGGACUCUAUACGGGGCCAAGAUCACGGGAGGCGGCAGCGGAGGCACGGUCUGCGUAAUCGGAAGGAACAGCUUGAGAAGCAGUGAACACAUUCUACAGAUACAGAAGAAGUACAGGGAGGCGACAGGGUUCAUGCCGUACGUGUUCGAGGGUUCUUCUCCAGGCGCCGGCAAGUUUGGAUACCUCAAGAUUCGCAAGAUCUCUUCUUAAAUAUUCCCUCUCUUUCCAACUUUGAUCUCUAAUGUUUUUUUCUUUCUAUGGUUCAGAUUUCUUACAUUUUUUUUUGUUCUUGUCCGGAGAUGUAUGUUUUAUCAUCCUCUUCCUUCCACCAU